AAGUCAACCAAAGGGUCCGUUGUCCUGGGCUACGUAUUUCGUCACUUAAACCUAGUGGAAAUAGAUUACUUUGGACUGCGCUACUGUGACCGAAGUCAUCAAACGUACUGGCUGGAUCCUGCGAAGACUCUUGCUGAACAUAAAGAAUUGAUAAACACUGGACCACCAUACACACUGUAUUUUGGCAUUAAAUUUUAUGCAGAGGAUCCAUGUAAACUUAAAGAAGAAAUAACAAGGUAUCAGUUUUUCUUGCAGGUAAAGCAAGAUGUUUUACAGGGCCGUUUGCCUUGUCCUAUCAACACUGCAGCACAGCUGGGAGCAUAUAUAAUUCAGUCUGAGCUGGGGGACUAUGACCCAUAUAAGCACACUGCAGGUUAUGUCUCGGAGUACCGCUUUGUUCCAGACCAGAAGGAAGAGCUGGAGGAUGCCAUAGAGCAGAUACACAAAACUCUAAUGUAAGAAUUCAAUACUCUUGGGAACUUGGCAGAAGUGAACUACUUAGGUGUAGCCAAAUCCCUGGAAAUGUAUGGAGUGGAUCUUCAUCCUGUUUAUGGUGAAAACAAAUCUGAAUACUUUUUAGGAUUGACACCCAUAGGAGUUGUUGUCUACAAGAAUAAAAAACAAGUAGGAAAAUAUUUCUGGCCUAGGAUUACAAAAGUUCACUUCAAGGAAACACAGUUUGAACUGAGAGUCCUGGGAAAAGAUUGCAAUGAAACUUCCUUCUUUUUUGAAGCACGUAACAAGGUCACAUGCAAACAUCUCUGGAAAUGCUGUGUAGAACAUCAUACAUUUUUCAGAGUGCCAGAGAAUGAAUCAAACUCUCUUUCAAGAAAAGUCAGCAAGUUUGGAUCCAUAGGUUAUAAACAUCGGUAUAGUGGCAAAACAUCUUUACGAAUGACCAGAGACCCUUCUGUGCAGCUUCCACGGCCUGACCUGUGCAUUGAAAGAAGUCGCAGCAAGACUUACCCCAAAAGAACACAACAGACAGGUUCUAAAAACAUAAGCCAGAUUACAACCAAUGGGGAAAAUGAAGGAACUACCAAAAUCAUCGCACCUUCCCCAGUGAAAAGCUUUAAAAAGAUGAAAAAUGAAAACAGUCCAGAAACCCAAAGAAGUAAAACAAACGCUCCGUGGGAGGAAAAUGGCCCGCAGAGUGGACUAUAUAAUUCUCCCAAUGACCGCAAUAAAUCACCAAAGUUUCCUUACUCUCGCCGAAGGAACCCAUCAGGUGGCAGUGAGAAUGAGUCUGGGCAGCCAAUCCGGAGGAGGAAAAAUCAAAACAGUGGUGAAGAUUCAGAUUUAAAGCAAAGGAGAAGAUCACGGUCUCGCUGCAACACCAGCAGUGGCAGUGAAUCAGAAAAUUCCAACAGAGAACAUCGGAAGAAGAGAAACAGAUUACGGCAAGAGAACGAUAUGGUUGACUCGGCUCCUCAGUGGGAAGCCGUGCUGCGGCGCCAAAAGGGGAAAAACCAGCCAGAUCCAAACUACCGGCGAUCCAGGCACAGAUCUCGAUCGUAUGUAACCCUUGCACUCUUUGAUGUGAAAAUUAAGGCUGCUGUAGCAUA